GAGGAUAUAAUUCCGCGACUGCGUUAAAAAAGAUCUUCAGUGGUGAGUGAAGUGCGGCGCAUGCGCAUUAAGUAGGUAUCGAGUCGUGGCGGUGCGAGGAGUACUUGUCCGCGGGAGAGCUCAGUAAGAAUACGGCCCAUGGUUGAAGUUAGAUCUUACCCCCUGGCACAGCACCGAAGUUUUCUCGCUCUAGCAUGUUGCUGAAAGAUCCCGGAAACUAGUUGAAACUCGUUCCAAACGAUUUUUCGCUGCUGCAAACGAUUUUUUCCAUUGUUUUUUCUCACUUAAGUUACAAUUACCUUAACAUAAUGGUAUCCAUUUAAAUUGUUUUAAAUAAAGGAAAGUUAAUUGCCAACUUUUUUGUGAAAGAUAAAAGUUAUCGGCACAUUAUUUGGAGAGAGUAUUACAAAAGAAGGAACAAUAAUUCCGAUUUAAAUUUUGUGACAAUGAAGCGAUGAUUUAUUUUGUGGUGUUAAAAUCAGUAGUGUGAGUAGUUAAAGUUAACUUCGUUCUCCGAGUGUUUUGGGAUUUCGAUUUGGAAAUAUGCGUUGCCGCAGACGGAGAAUUUGGAUCUGGUUGCUGCAAGUAAUUACGGUUUCUGUGCUGAUUUCUUCCGUGACAGCUUUACCGGAAGUUAUUAAAAUCGGAGGUCUUUUUGAAACGAAUGACAACCAAGAUUUAGCAUUUCGUAAGGCCAUUGAGAUGAUCAAUACGGAUGAAUCAAAGCUUCCGAGAGCCAAACUGCAAGCGAAGGUUAGAGAGGUCGCCCCUCAGGAUAGCUUUCGGGCACUUAAGACAGCAUGCGACUUUUUGGAAGAAGGAAUGGCUGCCAUAAUCGGUCCAAAAUCUCCGUCCAACAUUGGCGUGCUACACUCCAUCUGCGACACUUUCCAAAUCCCUUUGUUUCUGACUCAUUGGGCACCCAGAAGUACGCCUCGCAAUCAAGUCAUUAAUCUUUUUCCAGACAGUCGAGUCUUAGCAACCGCAUUCACAGAAUUCAUUAAACAGGACUCCUGGAAAUCAUUCACUCUCAUUUUCGAGGACAAUGAAGCCUUAAUUCGUCUUCAAGAGAUUUUACAACUUCCCACAUCAGCAAAGCAGUCACAGAUGAAAAUAACUCUACGCCACGUUAAACCAGAUCAAGACUUCACAAAAUUCAUGAAAGAUUUAUCAAAACUUAGAGAAACAAACUUUGUUGUUGAUUUGCCAUUACAUCGUGUGAGAGAAUUAUUUAUUGCAGCUGACAAGUUAAACAUGAUGACUGAAUAUCAAAGAUAUUUAUUAACUUCUCUAGAUGUUCAUACUGUGGAUUGGUCGCAGAGUAUAAUUGGAAGGUCGAAUAUUACAGCUUUUCGACUAAUCAACCCAAAUAAUGAAGAAUACAAGCGAUUCUUAGAUGAAUGGAUAUUUUCAGAGCAGACUGCAGGGAAAGAAAUAUCCAGCAAACAACCAAUAACGACAGAGGCCGCUCUCCUGUACGAUGCCGUUUUGUUAUUGUCACGUGCUCUGUACGACCUGGAUCGUGGAAAUCCAAUUACACCAAAAUCACUCUUCUGCGAUGGCUCAGAUGUGUGGGAGGAAGGAAGAGCGAUUGCUAAUUACAUCACAAAAGUACCAAUGGAAGGUGCAAGCGGAAGUAUAAAGCUCAAUCUAAACGGCCAACGAACAACAUUUUCAUUGGACAUUAUAAAAGUAACGAAAAGAGGCAUAGUAAAGACUGGCUCAUGGGAUACAGAGAAACGUUUCACGUAUAAGAAAGAAGAAAAGGAUGCUUUUAGCGAUGCUAAAGAUCUGUUGAAAAAUGCAACUUUGAAGGUCACGACGAUUAUAAAUAAUCCAUACAUGAUGAAGAAAUUGCCAGAAAAUGCUUAUACAGGCAAUGAUAGAUAUGAAGGCUAUUGCAAAGACUUAUUGGAAAAAUUAUCUGAAAAAUUUGGCUUCAAAUUCAUUAUUCAACCUGUAAAAGACGGCGGUUAUGGUGCAUUAAAGGACGGCGAAUGGAAUGGAAUGGUAGGAGAGUUACUAAAAAGGGAAGCCGAUAUUGCAGUAGCUGAUUUAUCAAUCACUUUCGAUAGAGAAAGUGCCGUGGAUUUCACGAUGCCUUUCAUGAAUUUGGGGAUCAGCAUCCUAUUCAAGAAACCUGCGAAAAAAAACCCUCCAUUGUUUUCCUUUUUUCAGCCACUCUCAAUCGAGGUUUGGUUUUACAUGGCUACAGCAUACCUAGGUAUAACUCUGUACCUUUUCAUUCUCGCAAGGCUGAGCCCAUAUGAGUGGAUAUAUCCGAGUCCUCAGCGGCCAGAUUCAAAUGUUGUAGAAAAUCGAUUUACUCUCACUAAUAGUUUGUGGUUCAUGAUGGGUUCGUUAAUGAGAAGAGGAUGUGAUUUUCUGCCAAGAGCAAUUUCGACGAGAAUGGUAGCAAGCAGUUGGUGGUUUUUCACUCUCAUUAUGAUUUCAUCCUACACGGCCAAUUUAGCCGCUUUCUUAACUGCUCAAAGGAUGACUUCACCCAUUGAGAGUGCCGCAGAUCUCGCCAAGCAGACAGCUAUUCAGUACGGAUGUGUGUAUGGAGGAUCAACAAUGAAUUUUUUCCGGACUUCGACCUAUCCCAUUUACAAAAGGAUGUGGUCCUUUAUGGAAUCGCAAAGACCUUCCGUAUUUCCCGAAGAUAAUUAUAAAGGUAUUGAACGAGUCAAAAUGGGAAACUACGCUUUUCUCAUGGAAUCGACGAGCAUUGAAUACGUCACUGAAAGGAAUUGCGAUCUGACUCGGAUUGGAGGAGAACUGGAUUCAAAAGGAUAUGGAAUAGCUACUCCACCAGGUUCCCCUUACCGAGGCAUCCUGUCUAGUGGAAUUUUGGCCCUUCAAGAAUCUCAGCAGCUCCAGAUACUGAAGGACAAGUGGUGGAAGGCAACUCAAAAAUGCCCGGAUGAUUCAGGUUCCUCUUCAGCAGAGAUGGGAAUCCGGAAUGUGGGUGGCGUGUUCUUGGUUUUAGGUAUCGGAUCCAUAUUGGGGGCCAUAAUCGUCAUACUUGAAUUUGUAUGGAAGGCCAACAAGAUGCUCGAUAGAGAGUCCAUACCAGUGAUGCUAUGGCAUGAGCUUAAAGCCACCCUCUCCUUCCGUGGUUCGACAAGACCAGCUCCCAAAGAUGAGGAAGAACCGUCAGUAGAAAAAAUGCCCAUGGUGAACAUGGGCAAAAUAGAAGACUUUAAAUUCUCAUGACAUGUUGUACAUCCAAAUAUUUUAAAUUAUUCAAAAAUUUUAAUGGGCUGUUUCCGCUUUCUUACUUUUAUCGAUUAUAUAAAUUAGGACAAAAUCUAUUCAUGAUUUUAAUAAAAAGGACUUUUUACAAAAUAUAAUCAUCAAUAGCACAACAUGCAAAAGAUGAGGUCAUAAUUUUAACUUCCAUUUUUUUUACGGAAAUGCUUUAUGGAAUUUCUUUUAAAAUAAUAAUAUAGGAAUAUAUUAUUUUCAAUACAAUUACCUAUUAAAUAAUUUAAAUAAGCAAAAUUUGAUGAAACAUUAUAACAAAUAAACAUUUUGCUUAUUAACUUCUAAUGGAAGUCUGGCUAAUCUAAAAAUGUCUUGAAGCAACAAAUAACAACCAUUUCUUCUUUUUCUGAACACCGAGGCUUUAUAAAACUGCAUUCUUAAAAUUAAAGUGAUUAUCAGUACUAAGGAAGUACCAACUGUUUAGUAUUAUGGUCAAAUAAAUUCACAUGAAUUUCGGCAUUCAACAUUUAUAAACAAAAAUUUAUCAUUGUUUUAAAAAAAAAGUUAAAUAAUUUUUCAGAAAAAAUAAGAAAUUGAUACUGUAAGAUAACUUGUACAUAUUUUUGACUUAAUAUGUGUUUGUGGAAGCGAAAAUAGCCCUCUGUUUGAUGUUUUUAUGAGUUUAAAUGUGCCUGAAAUUGCAGGAAAAAUCUUAAAUUCUGCAAGUGUUUUAUCCUUUCAGCAACAAGGAUUCUCGAGUUGUUGCGUUACAUUAAACCACUCAACAGAGCUUUAACCACUCACCGACAUCACCAAGAUAACUGUAGCGUGGAAUAUAUUUUACUAUGAAAAAUCCAAACAAAACUGUAGCAUUUCUUAUGCGUAAUAAAUAUAUAUUUGUUGAAUCAA